CUUGGACAUGUCGCGUUUCGAUUGCAGUGGUUAUGGUAUCUCAAGUUGUAUUAUUCAUCUCGCUGAAUGGCAUCCUUUGGAAUAGUCAAGUUCAUCGGGCUUGAAGCCCUCAAAACCCCUUUUAUCGCGGGGUUCCUCAGUUAACUUGAGGAUUUUAUAUUUCAUCAUACAUUGAAGAGCACUUUUUUUUUUUUUUGAGAAGUAGAUCAUGUUUCGUGAUAGUUUUUUGUUUGCCCGUACCAUGGGUUGCUUUGGAUGCUUUGGCACUUCUGGUAGUAGAACCCGACAAUCGCCUAAGCCCUACGAUGAUGAUACAUAUUCAUGUGAUAGUGAUGUAACUAGCACCGCGAGAGGAGAAGAAGAAGAAGAUGAAGAAGAAGUAGAGCAGAAGAGCCGCUCUAAACGAUCUGAGGAAAUUUUGAAAUAUAGAUUAGAUAAUGGAUUAAUCUGCAGGCACAUUCCAGUGAGAGAAACUAAUGAACUUAUACGUGGAGAGGAUGAAAAUGGUGACAAGACAAUCAAUGAGUAUGUUCGCGUAUGUAAAAUUGGAGCUGGUAGCUAUGGUAAAGUGGUUUUAUAUCGAAGCACGUUAGACGGCCAGUAUUAUGCUAUCAAGGCAUUUCACAAGUCACAUUUGUUAAGGCUAAGGGUUGCACCUUCAGAGACUGCUAUGAGUGAUGUUCUUCGAGAGGUUAUGAUUAUGAAAAUUUUGGAGCAUCCUAACAUCGUUAACCUCAUUGAGGUGAUAGAUGACCCUGAAACUGAUCAUUUUUAUAUGGUUCUCGAAUACGUUGAUGGGAAAUGGGUGUAUGACGGUUCUGGACCGCCAGGUGCUCUCGGAGAGAAAACUGCUAGAAAGUAUUUGCGGGAUAUAGUUACUGGCCUGAUGUAUCUUCAUGCUCAUGAUGUAAUUCACGGGGACAUUAAACCCGACAAUUUGCUGGUUACUAGUAGCGGUACAGUGAAGAUAGGAGAUUUCAGUGUCAGCCAAGUAUUCAAGGAUGAUGAUGAUCAGCUGCGUCGAUCUCCCGGGACUCCAGUCUUCACUGCUCCAGAAUGUUGUUUAGUAUCAGGUAUAACGUAUAGUGGCAGAGCUGCGGAUACAUGGGCAGUGGGAGUUACUUUGUAUUGUAUGAUAUUGGGACAAUACCCGUUUCUUGCGGAUACUCUUCAGGACACGUACGACAAGAUUGUUAACAACCCUUUGAUAAUCCCGGAUGGAUUGAAUCCUCUUCUCAGAGAUUUGAUCGAAGGUCUCCUUUGCAAAGAUCCGAGCCAGAGAAUGACACUGAAGAAUGUGUCGGAGCAUCCAUGGGUCAUUGGAGAAGACGGGCACGUCCCUGAGUAUUUUUGCUGGUGCAAACGCAAUGCUGCCUCAAAGAUUGAAGAAGAAGAAGCUAAUGGGAUCUCUGAAACCUCAGAUCCUAACUAAAAAAACUCGGAUGCUUUUGAUCGUUUUAAGAAAUGUACAAGCUUUGAAGAAUAGAUGCAUCUACUUAACCGUACAAGUUUGACCUCGAUUGAGGUCAUUGUUUUUCUUUUUAUUUAAUACUAGAUAAUUUUCAUGUUAUUGUCCAUUGUUUAUAAAUUUUAAAACAAAUU